CCCAUUUGAGGCCUUCAUGGUUUUCUUCAAUCCCGUUAGGUUUCAGUGUCAACGGGAGCCUAAUCUCUCACUUCGGAUCCAAGAUGCCGGCGGCUAGGAGGCGCGACCGGCGCGGCGCCGGUGGCCGGGAUCAGCCCACUCAGCAUCGGGAAGGUCGAUCCACGGUCAGAUCCAGAAGUCUCUCCAUCCGUCUCCUAUUCACCUCACUUCUCCUGCUACUCCUCGCCGUGGUCGCGAUCGCGGCGCUCUUCAUCGUUUACCGAGGCGACGAAAGUGGCAUCAAGGGAACCGCGCGGCCGUCCCUAUCCGUCUACGAGAGAGGACUCGUGAAGCCCAAUGUAGACUACCAGGAAAUCCUCGCUGAAAACUCACGGUUUUCUGAGAAUACAUCGAGGCGCCAUUUUCCAAAUCCGGUGCUGGCGUAUGUAACUCCUUGGAAUUCAAGAGGCUAUGAAAUGGCUAAGCUUUUUGGUUCGAAGUUAACCCAUAUAUCUCCUAUAUGGUAUGAGUUGAAGAGUGAAGGGAAGAAGCUAGUUUUGGAAGGACGUCAUAAUGUUGACAAAGAGUGGAUUUCAGAGCUUUGGAAUAAUGGGCAUCCACUGGUCUUACCUAGAGUCGUAUUGGAAGCAUCUCCCAUGGAUCUACUACUAAAGAAGAAGCAGUGGAAUAAAGCAAUUGAUAUUAUAAUAAAAGAAUGCAAGGACAUGGGAUAUGAUGGUAUUGUGCUCGAGUCCUGGUCAAGAUGGGCAGCUUACGGUAUCUUGCAUGAUCCAGACUUGCGCAAUAUGGCAUUGGAUUUCAUUAAACAGCUUGGUAAGGCAUUGCAUUCAGUCGAUUUAACAAGGAGAACUGAUGAUCACAAAUUGGAGCUGAUCUAUGUGAUUCCCGCCCCACGCUCACCAAACCUUAAUGAAUACGAUUUCGGACCACGAGAUCUGCAACAACUUUGUGAUGCUGUAGAUGGUUUUUCUCUUAUGACGUAUGAUUUUUCAGGGCCCCAAAGUCCUGGCCCAAAUGUUCCUCUGAAUUGGGUGCACACUUCUCUGAGCAUGCUUGUCGGUGAUAGUGAUGCCAAGAAUCACGCUCGUAAGAUUCUCCUUGGUCUGAACUUCUAUGGGAAUGAUUUCCUCAUUCCGGAAGGUGGUGGUGAAGCUAUAACUGGAAGAGACUACAUCUCAUUGCUCAAGAAACACAAGCCGGUGCUUCGUUGGGACAACAUAAGCGCGGAACAUUUUUUCGUCUAUCCGCACGACUAUCAAAGGCACGCCGUGUUUUACCCCUCAUUGAUAUCUCUAUCGACACGCCUCGAAGAAGCUCGUGCUUGGGGAGCUGGUAUUUCGAUUUGGGAAAUCGGGCAAGGUUUAGACUACUUUUUUGAUCUUUUAUAAGAUUCAACUUGUUUGUGAAACCGAAUUCCAUUCCCUAGUAAGUUUUAAGGUGGUGUUUAAUCUUCCAAAUUCUCAGAGCCUGACAAUAUUAUGCAUGAAAAGCAUAUGUUUGUGAUUUAAUCCAAAUUACUUUACAUCUUA